ACGAAGCAGAGUACGAAGAAGGGUGAGAACGUGUCAGAACCGAAGCAGGGCGAGAAGAAUGAGAAAAGACCUCGCGACGGCCCUAUGAAAGGAACCAUCGAGCGCGGCCACAUUUACUUUUUCUACCGUCCCAAGGUCGAGCAGGAGGAGGCUCACUCUAUCGACGACGUCCAGCGCUUCCACAUACUCCUUCUUCCACGGCCACCAAAAUUUGCUGAGACGAGUAACGGUGAUGCUAAUGGCGCCGCAAAGCCGGAGGACGACGACGUUGAUAUGCAAGUGUUGGAAGAAGGCGCCGACGUCAUCCCCGCGAAGGAGACCCGAAACAAAGCGAAGAAACGGUAUCGUCUGGUGUCCAUUGGUAAGAAGCAGUUACCAGAUCCGGAGCACGGUCGAGGCAGAAACAACACUUUCUGGGCCACGGUCACUGCAGUUGGAGAUGAUUUGCACACUCUCGAGAAGGGGUUGGGAGAGAAGACCUACGAGACAAAGACCAGAGGUACUCGCCACCAGGCUCCUUCCCGUAUUGCGGGCAGAGGCGCGUAUGCUAUAGUCAACAGCGACCCGAAAGUCCCGUCCAAAAGGGAGACUCAUCUAGGCUACCACCUGUCCCACCCAUCUGAUAUGGGCGAAGUCCAAGAGGCCCUCGGUAUUCAUCCCGCCUCGUCCUUCGUCGUACAGGCGAAGAACCCGUUGGCACCACCUACAGGCGGACAGCAAGUCGGCCUUUCACCGAACCAAAGGGCGGACUAUCCUUCUUGGAUAAUGGAAGACGUUUUUGGGAAGGGAGGCAGCAAAGGCCGGGAGAGUUACGGAUUGCGAUUUGCGUCCAUUGAGCACAUUGAGCUUCUUGACCACGAAGGCGCCGAGUUGUUAUUCAUUGCGGCCAGGUCUGGAGAGGAUGGAUUGGAGCAGAGCUUGGGCGAGGGAAGAGGACAUGCUCUUGAAGAGUUAGAAAAAAACGAAGGGCAAGAAAGCAUCAAAGAGAUAUUUAAGGAGCUAGCGACGGAUAGCGAGACCUUCCCCGCUGAAGCCCUUGAGGGCGAGUGGAUUUGAGGAGAUAACGG